AUGUCUCAAGAUCAAGAGUUUAAUGACACAUUCAAGAAGGGCCUCGCUGUGCGCGGCGAGGUCCUGGGCGAGCAAUAUGUCACCAAGGCAGUCGAGUCGCUCCAAAACGAGUACUGGAAGCCAGCCCAGGAACUCAUCACCGAAUAUGCUUGGGGCACAGUCUGGACACGACCCGGGCUAGACAGGAAGCAGAGAAGCUUGCUCACUUUGGCCUUUCUAACCGCGCAAAAGGCUUACCCAGAGCUGGCACUCCACACCAAGGGAGCUCUACGAAAUGGAUUGACAGAGGUUGAGAUCAGGGAGGCCAUCUUACAGUCGAUGAUUUACCUCGGCGUCCCCGUCGGUAUUGAAGCUAUGAGGGUUACGGAAAAGGCAAUCAAGGAGUUCCAGGCGGAGAACAGUACAGAAGCAAGCCAGGCACAGAGUUCUUAG